AUGAAUGAAAACAAUAAGACCUUGUCCAGUGACUUCAUCCUCACAGGGCUCUUCACUCAAAGUAAAGCCUCAGGAUUUCUUUUCAGUGUCAUUUGUGCCAUCUUCUUCAUGGCCAUGGUAGCAAAUGGGGUCAUGAUCUUCCUAGUCCACACAGACCCUCACCUCCACACGCCCAUGUACUUCCUCCUCGGCCAUCUCUCCUUCAUUGACAUGAUGUACAUCUCCACCACUGUGCCCAAGAUGUUGGUUGAUUACCUUGUGGGCAAGGGAACCAUCUCCUUUGUUGCCUGUACAGCCCAAUACUUUCUCUACAUGGGCUUUGUAGGGGCUGAAUUCUUUCUGCUGGGGCUCAUGGCCUAUGACCGCUAUGUGGCCAUCUGCCACCCACUCCGCUAUCCUGUCCUCAUGAGUCGACGGGUCUGCUGGAUGAUCUUAGCCAGCUCUUGGUUUGGGGGUGCUUUGGAUAGUUUUCUCCUCACCCCCAUCACCAUGAGUCUUCCAUUCUGUGCCUCUCAUGAAAUCAAUCACUUUUUCUGUGAGGCACCCACCAUGCUGAGGCUGGCCUGUGGGGACAAAGCUGCCUAUGAAACAGUGAUGUACAUUUGCUGUGUCACGAUGUUGCUGAUCCCCUUCUCUGUGGUGAUUGCAUCCUACUCCCGGAUUCUCAUCACUGUGCAGCAGAUGAAGUCAGCAGAAGGGAAGAAGAAGGCUUUUGUCACCUGCUCAUCACACAUGAUUGUGGUGACUCUGUUUUAUGGGGCUGCCUUGUACAUGUAUAUGCUUCCACAAGCCUACCACACACCUGCCCAGGACAAAGUCCUCUCCAUGUUUUACACAAUCCUCACACCCCUGUUGAACCCCCUCAUCUACAGCCUGAGGAACAAAGAUGUGACUGGAGCUCCGAAGAGAGCAUUGGGAAGAUUCAAGUGUUAUUAA